AUGCUUGAGGUACUGCAAGCAGAAAAAUCAACAGAAAAUGGUAGCAGGAACCAACCAGUUGCAUCAGUAGUCUCAGGCUCGACAUCUACUAGUAAUGCCGAGAGCAGUUCAUCAGCAUCUAAAGCUGGAGAUGACAUAAAGGUUUCCUCCAAGUUGCGCAAGUUUGCAUUCAAUGACCUAAAAUGUGCCACACGGAACUUCAGACCCGAGAGUCUUCUUGGUGAAGGAGGUUUUGGGUGUGUGUUCAAAGGGUGGAUUGAAGAAAAUGGAACUGCACCUGUGAAACCUGGUACAGGUCUUACAGUUGCUGUCAAGACACUCAAUCAUGAUGGUCUUCAAGGGCACAAAGAAUGGGUGGCAGAAGUUGACUUUCUUGGUAAUCUUCACCACCCCAAUUUGGUCAGAUUGAUUGGAUAUUGUGUUGAAGAUGACCAAAGAUUGCUGGUAUAUGAAUUUAUGCCACGCGGAAGUUUGGAUAAUCAUCUAUUCAGAAGGUCUCUUCCUCUCCCAUGGUCCAUUAGAAUGAAGGUUGCUCUUGGGGCAGCACAGGGUCUUUCCUUCCUUCACGAAGAAGCAGAAAGACCAGUCAUUUAUCGCGAUUUUAAAACAUCUAAUAUACUGUUAGAUGCGGAAUACAAUGCAAAGCUCUCAGAUUUCGGGCUUGCUAAAGAUGGCCCUGUAGGUGACAAAACUCAUGUGUCUACUCGAGUAAUGGGAACCUAUGGGUAUGCAGCUCCAGAGUAUGUCAUGACAGGUCAUUUGACAUCAAAGAGUGAUGUCUACAGCUUCGGUGUGGUGCUGCUUGAGAUGAUGUCAGGGCGCCGAUCGAUGGACAAGAACCGCCCAAACGGCGAGCACAACCUUGUUGAGUGGGCACGCCCACUGCUAGGAGAGAGGCAGCGCUUCUACAAGCUAGUUGACCCUCGCUUGGAGGGCAACUUCUCAGUCAAAGGUGCCCAGAAGGCGGCACAGUUAGCACGUGCAUGUCUGAGCCGGGACCCCAAAGCCCGGCCACUGAUGAGCCAGGUGGUCGAAGCUCUCAAGCCACUGCUCAACCUCAAGGACAUGGCGAGCUCCUCCUACUUCUACCAAACGAUGCAGGCCGAGAGGAUGGCGCACUCGAGCAGCAUGAACGGCAGGAGCAGCCAUAGCCUCAAGGUGCACGGCUCGUUUGCGCGGGCGAACGGACAGCAGCCGAUGAGGAGCAUGUCCGAUGGCCCUCGCGCUUCCCCGUUCCGCUACUCGCCGAAGCCAAACAUGAAAUAG